UUUAUUUAUUUAGAAACAAAAAGAAAAGAAAAGAAAAAGAAAAAGAAAAAAAAACCAACAAAAUCGACUACUGUUUAGCUUUAUAGAUCUCUCCACCGGAGGAUCCCUUCAUUUUCACCAGUGCCUUUUGUAGAUCCAAAAACAGCAGUUUUUCUCUCAACCCUCAAGUUUUUGCAUCUACGAGAUCUUUUGAGGCAGCAUGUCAACUAUUGAUGAGCCUCUGUACCCCAUUGCGGUUUUGAUUGAUGAGUUGAAGAAUGAAGACAUUCAGCUUCGGUUGAAUUCGAUUCGUCGCCUCUCAACCAUUGCUCGCGCGCUUGGGGACGAUAGGACACGCAAGGAAUUGAUACCUUUUCUAAGUGAGAACAAUGAUGAUGAUGAUGAAGUGCUCCUUGUAAUGGCUGAAGAACUAGGGGUUUUUAUUCCCUAUGUUGGAGGUGUGGAGUUUGCAAAUGUUCUGCUGCCUCCAUUGGAGACCCUUUGCACUGUUGAGGAAACUUGUGUAAGGGAUAAGGCAGUAGAGGCGUUGUGUAGAAUUGGUGCCCAGAUGAGGGAGCAGGACGUGGUUGAAUACUUUCUUCCGUUAGUGAAGAGGUUGGCUGCUGGUGAGUGGUUUACUGCUCGAGUUUCCUCUUGUGGCUUGUUUCAUAUUGCAUACCCAAGUGCACCAGAGGCAUUAAAAACUGAACUAAGAGCGAUAUACAGUCAGCUAUGUCAAGAUGACAUGCCCAUGGUCAGGAGAUCUGCUGCUACAAAUCUUGGAAAAUUUGCUGCUACUGUUGAAGCGGCUCAUUUGAAGACUGAAAUAAUGUCUAUGUUUGAUGAUCUAACACAGGAUGAUCAAGAUUCUGUUAGAUUGCUUGCUGUUGAGGGUUGUGCGGCUCUUGGAAAGUUGUUGGAACCCCAGGAUUGUGUGGCACAUAUUCUCCCUGUUAUAGUUAAUUUCUCACAGGAUAAGUCUUGGCGGGUCCGUUACAUGGUGGCAAAUCAAUUGUAUGAACUAUGUGAAGCUGUUGGUCCUGAGCCGACCAGGUCGGAUCUUGUUCCUGCAUAUGUUCGGCUACUUCGCGAUAAUGAAGCUGAAGUGCGCAUAGCUGCUGCCGGGAAAGUAACAAAGUUUUGUCGACUUUUAAAUCCUGAGCUUGCAAUUCAGCAUAUUCUUCCUUGCGUCAAGGAGCUGUCAACAGAUUCUUCCCAGCAUGUUCGUUCUGCUUUGGCUUCAGUUAUUAUGGGAAUGGCACCUGUUUUGGGGAAGGAUGCAACAAUUGAGCAACUGCUUCCUAUAUUCCUCUCUCUUUUGAAAGAUGAAUUUCCUGAUGUCCGUCUAAACAUCAUUAGCAAGCUAGAUCAAGUCAACCAGGUGAUUGGAAUAGAUCUGCUAUCCCAGUCUCUAUUGCCAGCAAUUGUUGAGCUUGCAGAGGAUAGGCACUGGAGGGUUCGGCUUGCAAUAAUAGAAUACAUACCUUUAUUGGCAAGUCAGCUGGGUGUUGGUUUCUUUGAUGAUAAGCUUGGUGCUUUAUGCAUGCAGUGGUUAAAAGAUAAGGUCUACUCAAUUCGUGAUGCAGCUGCUAAUAAUGUGAAACGCCUUGCAGAAGAAUUUGGCCCAGAGUGGGCAAUGCAGCAUAUUGUUCCACAGGUUUUGGAUAUGAUUAAUAACCCUCAUUAUCUGUAUCGAAUGACCAUUCUGCAUGCAAUUUCUCUGCUUGCUCCUGUUAUGGGUUCAGAGAUCACUUGCUCAAAACUCCUACCUGUUGUCAUUAAUGCUUCGAAAGAUAGGGUACCGAACAUCAAGUUCAAUGUGGCCAAGGUGUUGCAGUCACUUAUACCUAUUGUUGAUCAGUCGGUGGUGGAGAAAGCUAUCCGUCCAUGCUUGGUGGAGUUGAGUGAGGAUCCAGAUGUUGAUGUUAGAUUCUUUGCUAACCAGGCAUUACAAUCAAGUGACCAGGUUAUGAUGUCAAGUUAGAUAAUGUCAUUAGUCUUCUUUUUCUUUUUGUCCUAUCUGGUUUAUCCUGUUAAUUUUUGCCCUUAAAAUUCAGAAACUCAUUUUUCUUACAGACACAAUGUCUUAAUUGUUGCCAUGUAGUCCUCACUCUUCACUCUUAAGUGGAAUUCUAAUCUUUCUUAUGCUUUGAAUGGUACUCUGGUUUAUUCCACUUAGCAAAGAAAUAUUUUGCCUUUAC